ACUUGCACACAGACAGGGCAGGGGUGAGGCAGUACUGUGCUCUAGUUACGUGGAAACGCACAUACAUAGUUUCAACUAGUGGGAAAUCUACUACAAUGCAACUCUUACUCCAACUUUUUGCUCAUACAAUGUGAGGAAGAUGGCCGAAACAAGCUGUGACUGGGUGGAGAUCAUGGAGCCACGCUCGCAGGAGCGCAUGUACGUGAACCUGGCCUCGGGGGAGUGUGGUUGGGAGCCCCCCCCAGGCGCCGCCGUGCGCCAGUCCGACGGCAGCCAGUGGUGGGAGCUGUUUGACAGCCACAACAAACGCUUCUACUACUACAACAGUGCCAGUCAGCAGACGGUGUGGCACCGGCCCCAGCCCUGCGACAUCGUGCCCCUGGCCCAGCUACAGGCCAUGAAGAGGAGCUCUGAGACGGGUCUGAGGGGCCCCAUCAAGCCCCAGAGAGGGGGAGGAGGGGGGGAGGGCCGCCGCGCAGCCCUACCUAACCAGGCCUACCCUAUGCCCCCCGCCCAGGACCCUGACAGCAGCGGGAGGUCCACCCCCUCUAAGGGGCUCUGUGACAGCCUGGAGAACAGUAACGACACCCCCAGGGACCCAGGUCAAAGAUGGCAACCAGCUCCGGGGUCGAAGGCAGCCAUGUUGGUGAAGGUGAACAGCAUUGGCAGGAACCAGUCCGUGGUGCCCACUAGCACCCAGCACCUCAACACUCUCAGCCCUGGGAGCCCUGCUGUGUACCAGGUCCACUCAGACAGACCCAUAUCCAGCCCUGAAGGCAAGAUGGCUGCCCCUGUGGACCACAAGCAAGCCUUCCACCUGAAGAAGGGAGACAACGGUAACUUCGGCCUGGUGAUGCCCUCCACUGGCAGCCAGGUCUACCAGACUCCACAGAGGUGUCAGGCUGGCACCCCCCAGCCCUCCUCGCCCCAUUACGGUGCCUCUCCGCCCAUCUAUGAUGAACCACCCAUGGAAACACCUAUCUACGAUGAGCCCCCGAUGGAGGUGGAGGGGGCCGCCCUCCUGAAUAGGUCCUCCACCCCAACCACCAGCCUGCAGAGGGUCCGCCAACCCCAGACCCAGACCCAGCAGCAACCCAAGCUGCUUCAAUACCCAGCCUCUCAUCUGGCCUCCAAACACAAGAGGAAUCCCUCCGCCACAGAGUACAGCCCCGCUGGACGGGAGUGCAUCAAACACAUGGUCAACGUGGAUCCUGCCACCUGCAAGCAGAGCCCCUUAUCCCAUCCUAUCCAGACAGAGCAGGCCCCUGCUCUAGACCCUGACCUGCCCCCCUCUCCAUCCCCAUGCCCAGUCGUCACCCAGCCCAGGCCCAAGGAGGUGAGCCUGGAGAAGAAGCAGUCGUGGCGUCUCCUGGAGACCAGCGUGAGGAAGAACAUGGACGUCCGACACAGCUGGCAGAACAGUGUGGCGUCCCAGGAGUACCCAGCGCCGGCCGCCGUCACCCACCAGGACUCCGGCUACUCCACCGGGCCCUCGCCCAGCUUGAGGAGGAAGAACCGCCGGAGAGCCCUGGGAGGGGGGGCUGGGGGAACAGGGCAGGGCCGGCCAGGCUCAGUGGGCAGCAGUGGGGAGCUCAGUGCCCUGAAUGAGAAGCUGAUGGCAGAGAUGCGGGUGGUGGUGAGUCGAUCUAACACCCUGCGUGGCAGCAAGGCCAGCCUGGACACUGAGAUGUCUGACAGCUCUGUACCUCGGACCCGUUCCCCCCUGGGUUCCCCGAAGAAGUACAGGGGCCGCAGCGCCUCCCGAGAGGACAUCAGCGCCAGUAACCACUCUCUGUACCGGACCAGGAGCGGGAGUACCCAUGGCAACGUGCCCCUCUCGCCCCUGGCGUCGGAGGGCAUGGUGCGUCAGAAACGGACCUAUGAGAAGGUGGACACUCUGGAGAAGAGCAUCAACAGCCUGUCCUCCUCGGAGCCCCACAUGUCCCUCUCACAGGCAGGAACACUGGACUCCAAGGCCCAGUCGGAGAUCUCGUCACACGGCGGAGGUAAUGGACACAGGGGCACCCCUCAUGGAGUCAAAGUGACUGGAGACAGGAGGGGAGGUGGGGGAGGAGGAGGCGGCAGUGUGGGAUACCAGUACCCUUACACCACCCUCUGUAAACCUCCUCCAGACACCAACAUGGUGGACUGGGCCAGUAAGAACCUGAACCUUCACACGCAGGGCCUGUUCCGCCGCCGCGUCUCCAUCGCCAACAUGCUCUCCUGGAACAGAGGCUCCAUCAAGAAGCCCAUGCUGAUCACCAGCGACCGCACCGUCAAGAAGGAGGCCUGUGAGAUGUUCAAGCUGAUUCAGGGCUACAUGGGCGACCGUCCGGCCCGGCUGGAGCGCCGUCACACCGCCCUGCUGGUGGUCACUAAGUGCUGGGGAAUGCAGGCCCUGAGGGAUGAGCUGUACGUCCAGCUGGUCAGACAGACCACUGACAACCUGAGCCUGAGGAGCCUGGAGGCCGGCUGGGAACUCAUGGCCAUCAGCCUGUCCUUCUUCUCCCCCUCGCCCAAGUUCAGAAGCUACCUUGAGGGGUACAUCCAGACACACCUGGAGCCCUCCAACGACAAGAAGAUCAUGCAGCACAUUAUGGAACAACAGGACAUGAAGACCAAGAAGAAUUCAAAGUCCCGGAAGAAGAGGAAGCAGAACAACGAGGAAGAGGAAGGCCUGCCAAUCAGCACUUAUGCCAAGUACUGCUACCGCAAGCUGCAGAAGGUCGCCGUCACUGGGGGCAAAAAGGGUCUAAGGAAGCCCACCCUGGAGGAGUUAGACCAGGGGAGGAAUGCCAUCGUGACCCCUUCCUUGUUCGGCAGUGCCCUGGAGGAGAUCAUGGAGCGCCAGAGCGAGCUGUUCCCGGAGCGCAGGCUCCCCUGGGUGCAGGUGCAGCUUUCUCAGUGCGUUCUAGCCCUGGGAGGGGCCCAGACAGAGGGAAUCUUCAGGGUGCCUGGAGAUAUUGACGAGGUGAAUGCACUGAAGCUGCAGGUGGAUCAGUGGAAUAUUCCAGAAAACCUUGGGGACCCCAACGUCCCGGCGUCUCUGCUGAAGCUGUGGUACAGGGAGCUGGAGGAGCCAGUCAUCCCUCAGAGCUUCUAUCAGCAGUGCAUCAGUAACUAUGAGGAUCCUGAAGCAGCUAUCAGAGUGGUACAGUCUCUGCCUGAACUCAGCAGACUGGUGCUCUGUUACUUUAUACACUUCUUACAGGUGUUUGCUCAGCCCGUCAAUGUGAGUAAGACCAAGAUGGACGUGAAUAACCUGGCCAUGGUAAUGGCUCCCAACUGUCUCCGCUGCCAGUCAGAUGACCCACGCGUAAUCUUUGAGAACACGAGGAAGGAGAUGUCCUUCUUGCGCAUGCUCAUUGUUCACCUGGACACCAGCUUCAUCAAGGGCCUCCUCUGAGGGAGCCAACUAUAUCCCUCUUUAUCAAGGGCCUCCUCUGAGGGAGCCAACUCUAUCCCUCUUCAUCAAGGGCCUCCUCUGAGGGAGCCAACUCUAUCCCUCUUUAUCAAGGGCAUCCUCUGAGGGAGCCAACUCUAUCCCUCUUCAUCAAGGGCCUCCUCUGAGGGAGCCAACUCUAUCCCUCUUUAUCAAGGGCAUCCUCUGAGGGAGCCAACUCUAUCCCUCUUCAUCAAGGGCCUCCUCUGAGGGAGCCAACUAUAUCCCUCUUUAUCAAGGGCCUCCUCUGAGGGGGUCAUCUCUUUAUCCAUCACCAUGCCCUGGAGAGUUGCACUUGUUCAUCAGCCCUCAACUAUAGCUGCUCUGUCUUUCUAUCAUACAACUCUACAACUGUCUACCACCUUAUUCACAACAAGCCCUCUGUUCCUUCACACUUCUCAUCAACCAUAUCACAUCUCAACCCUCGAUUCCCUCUGGUUCACGAACACCAUAGCCGGAGGAACACAGACAGUGGACUACACAGACAGUGGACUACACAGACAGUGGACUGCACAGACAGUGGACUGCACACACAGUGGACUGCACACACAGUGGACUGCACAGACAGUGGCCUACACACAGUGGACUGCACAGACAGUGGACUGCACAGACAGUGAACUACACAGACAGUGGACUGCACAGACAGUGAACUACACAGACAGUGAACUACACAGACAGUGGACUGCACAGACAGUGAACUACACAGACAGUGAACUACACAGACAGUGAACUACACAGACAGUGAACUGCACAGACAGUGGACUGCACAGACAGUGAACUACACAGACAGUGGACUGCACAGACAGUGAACUACACAGACAGUGAACUACACAGACAGUGGACUGCACAGACAGUGAACUACACAGACAGUGAACUACACAGACAGUGGACUGCACAGACAGUGAACUACACAGACAGUGAACUACACAGACAGUGACCGGGUAUCUAGAUGGUUUUUCGUGUUCCGAAUCAUCUUCCCUUAUUGUUUGAGACUUUGGGACAAGCUCACAUGUGAUGGUAGUAGGAGACUGUUUAUCCGUUGGAAAGCAGGACAUACAGUACACAGUGUUCUUGGGCUCGUGUUAAUGACUGGAGCAGAAUCAGUGGAAUGGUAUCAAGCACACGGUUUCCAGGUCUUUCAUGCCUUUCUAUUUGCUCCGUUCCAGCCAUUUAUUAUGAGCCGUCCUCCCCUCAACAGCCUCCUGUGCUACUGUUUCUGCUCCAAACACUGGACCGUGCUGCCGUGAGAUUCAGCAUGUGAAGAAGAACAAUCGCAAUACGAGACUAUUAUGCACAAGAAGCAUGUGUGCAGGGAAAAGUCCAGAGACAAAUGUGUAAAUAUGAUGAUGUUUUUAUUGUGGGGGGAAUUAGUUCCUGCUUCAAGUGCCACAUAUGUAUCUGACUGCCAUGGUAGUGAAUGAUGAUGAUGAUGUCUCAUCACGUUUAGACAGACAGAACCUGUAUUAUUCCCUUCUCUUUUCCUUUAUUAUGUAACAGUGUGUCUGCAAAGCAACGAUUUCCUUCGCAUUUCAUUUGGAAAGCUUUUUUGACUAAUUUGAAUAUGAAUUCUGUCUGUGUUGCCAGAGCUGCAGGAUGAGUUGAUAGUAAGGUUUAGACUUCUCCACUGGCCGCAGAGACAGAUUCCCCCUCUGGGCAACAACAAAUAUAGAUAUUUAUUUCUAAACUGUUUCUCUUCAAAUAAAAAUGAUAAAACCCAUCAGUUGGGCAGAGAUGUGCGUACAUAUGGGAGAGACAGAGUCUCGGAUUAAAAUGAGGAAAACACAUUUCUAUUCUCCUCAGCGGUGGAGUUGGGGGGGGGGGGGGGCUAGGGAAAAUCUGUGGAGCACUUUCUGCUGUUUUACUCCAGACAAUUACAUUUGGCUUAUUUUUGGAGAGGGCCAAAAAUAUUUUGAUCCUCCCUUCAGUGGAACACAAUUAUACCUUUGAUGGAGCUUGUAAAAAUGCUAAUUUGAGCUAUUAGCAGGUCAGGGGAAAAGGAUGCAGGAUAAAAUGAGAGCGCUGCUGCCUGGACCUAAAGCCUUAGCCACGCAGACAGUGGUGGAUUUACAGUGCAAGCCAAAGGGAGAGGCAAUCUGGCAGUGGUUUUAGGGUCUGGGGGUACAUUAGUUUAGUGCCAUAUACUGGGAGGACAAAAAACAAGCCGAUUUAGUAUUUUUAGACAAUAUUGCCUAACAAGGACUUUCCUAUUCCUCAAAAUCGUAUACCACAUAAGGAGAAGAGGGUUUAAAAUCCAUAUUUCAGCUGUCUUAAGGGCCAUGCGGUUUCCGUUAUAUUUAGCAGUGUGGUCAGGGUUUAGGUUUUAAUGCCCCACAUGUUUUCUCUGUGUCUACCUCAUCUUAGUGAUGGGGUCUGUGCUGCGAGGCUUGUGUGUAUGUAUAUGCACGUGUACGUAAGUACUUUGCACAUCAGUGUGUGUGUGUGUUUGCCGACUAUGCGUGUGUGUCAACUGUAAAUGUGUGUGUUUGUGUGGUAGUAGUCUGUUCAUAUAGCAUAUGCUCCGUAGUUACUGGAAGCUGGAGCCCCUAAAUUAGAGGGUGUGUUUAGCCAGAAAAUUGCAUCUAGAGGUUAUAUGGUUGUUAACCCCUUUUCUGCACUCACAGCAUUUACAGAGGCCGCUCCUUCGUUUCCUGCAUUAAUGCUUUACUGUUCGUCCUACGAAAACCCAAGCCACCAGAGUUGGGUACUCCAUAGCCACAUCAGAGGACACUACCCAGCUUUCUCCUCACCUCUAGCCAGCAGGGGCAGCUCUGAGGUGGGGUGGAGGAUGGCUAUGCAGGGCCAGUAGUUCUGGGAGUGCAUGAGAGAUAUAUACUGAGCCUGCAGAACGAGGAGGGAGAAUUCAGGGGCCAGCAGUCACUGGUCUAUUGCUAUAGUUCUUGUAAUUGUAUCACAAUGUGAGUGUUCUUCUAGAAUCUAUACACAGACCUUUAAUAAAACAGCUGUGGACCUGUAAUUAAGACACUGAACUCCUGAAGCUCUGGUUUAACUCUUCUCCAUCCUGUGUUCUUCAGUGGCUGAUGAUUCAUAUAUAUAUAUAUAGUGUUAUAUAUGAAUAGUAGCAUGGUCUUUGGUCACUGAAUGUUCAAAACAAUGACGGUUAUAAUAACAUGAUUCCACAAUAUUGUGAAAGAGUUCCAUUCUUCAGUAAUGUCAUUAUUCUCUUAGUUUGACAUCAAUGCGAGUCAGCGGUGUAAUUUCUUGAUUUGAUAAAUCAUUUUUGACUCUUAUUUUUUUUCCUAACUGGGAUGAGUGUUGAUAAUGUUUGUUGAGGUGAUAAACUGAAGCGUGUCAUGUUUAGACUGUGUUUGAUGACAGUUACAUGUGUGUGCCCCCCGUCCAUUGUGCUUCCUCUUCCCUGGCCCUCACAUGAUGGGUGCUAUUGACUCGUUGUAAAUAUGCUUGCAGGUCUUUUGGAUAUGUUGGUGUGAGUGUUUGACAACAAGAAAAACAGCAACGGUGAUUGUGUGGAUGGAUUUAUUUCAUAAAUAAUUGAAAAAAUAAAGUUUGUAAACUAAAUUUGU